ACGGGUACGGAGCCGGGGGCGGCGGGGAGACGGGAGGCUGGGGAGAGAGAAUGGGAGGUGGGCUGUGUGUCUGAUGGGCCGUGGGUGGCGGCAGCCCGCUGCUUUCCUUGCCAUCCUGUGAGCCUUCCCCCCACCCCCUCUCCCCGGUUCCUAAAGAGAUUUCCUGCUCCUGAGGCCCCUCCCGGCAGCGACCCUCACCUCUGCUGGUGUCACCCAGGACCGUGUUGUGGUCCUCGGCGCUGGCUGGGUCGUAGUGGCUGCAUGAGCCCUAUUCCCAAAAGUCUGCCUGGCCUCAUUCUUCCUGAUAUCCAGUUACAGAUAAAUUCCAUUAUAUUUGGAGCUAAGUAGAUUCCUCGUCUGACAUGCAUUUUUUCCCUUUACUUAAGGCCCGUUGGGGAGACUCUUUAGGAGCUGCAAUAUGCUGUCCUAAUGGAUCCUUAGCAUCAGCCCUUCUGUGUGAGUGCCAGGGAGCUCUGCAAGGCAGUGCUGCUGGCUGUGGGACUGCCGGCCCGUGUCUCCUCUCACCUGCGCGGGGAAGCUGCCCUCACUUCUGACACUGCCAGCCCACAUUCUGCCUGAUGCUGCUUUUAGGUGCCUCUAACCCAUACGGCCCAGGAAAGAUCAGCAUGGCUCUGCGCACCCUGACAGAGGAUCAGCAAGCCUGGGCAGCCUGGCUGGAAAGCGCAGUGGUGUUUUCCUGAUCCCGAGCCAUUUUCCUCGUGCUUCUGCUGAAGGAGAAGCGUGCGCUGAGCAGGAUGCAGCAGACAGCAGGUGGCAGGGGCAGAGCCAUCCCUUCUCUGCGUCCCUCCCAAAGCAGGCUCAUGGCUGACUCGUACUGCGUGCAUCGCAUUGUCGAGGAUCCCGAGUGGUGCCUCAUCACUGUCCCCCCACUCACUGAGCUCUGCCUGCAGCACAUCGUCCAGAAUUUCACAAACAACCCUGUUUUAGAUCGUCUUCUGCCUGAGGACCAAAGGAAGGUGCUGGCCAGGCUUCCCACAAGCCUUCCACUCACUGUCACUGCCAACCUAAUAAGUGAUGAGGACUACUGGAAGAGGUGCUGCACCGACCGCUGGCAAGUGUGUGACAUCUCCAACCAUGGAGGCAGCUGGAAGCGGAUGUUCUUUGAACGUCACCUGGAGAACGUCCUGAAAUGCUUUGUCCCCAACACCACAGACCCUGACCAGGUCCUGCAGCUCAUCCCGCUCUGCAGAGACUAUGUGAAGAAACUGGAGGUUGAUCAGUUCCUGCCACCGGUGAAGGAGGAUCAGAAGGAGGAGACAGAUGACUUUUCUGAUUCAGGAAGUGAUUUGGGGUUUGGUGAGGUGUGCAUUCAUCACUAUGACCUGGGAGCCCUUGUUCCUGCUCUCCCUCUCCUUGAAGAGCUUAAUCUUACUUACGGCGUGAAGGACUGUGGCAUGAACUUUGAGUGGAACCUCUUUAAAUUCACCUACCAGGACUGCUGCAACCUGGCUGCUGCCAUGAAGAUGUGUCACAACUUAAAGAUUUUCAAGCUGACACGCAGCAAUGUGGAUGAUGACAAGACCAGGCUGCUGGUCCGCAGCUUGCUGGAUCACCCCUCCUUGGUGGAGCUGGACUUAUCCCACAACCUCAUCGGGGACAAGGGGGCACGAGCUGUCAGCAAGCUGAUCAACUGCAGCAAGUUAGAAAUCCUCCACCUGUGUAACAACCAGAUCUGUAAUGAGGGUGCCCAGGCUCUGGCCCAAGCGCUGGCAAAUAACUGCACCCUGACCUCCCUGAAUCUGCGCCUCAACCACGUGGAGGAUGAGGGCGGGGAGGCUAUGGGCUGCACUCUGCUGACCAACACCACCCUGAAGUCCCUCCACCUGGGAGGCAACAGGCUGGGAGAGCCGACAGCUGUGGUUUUCUCCCAGGUCCUCACUCAGAACUCUACCCUGACAUGUAUCAACUUCUCGUGCAACCCCAUCGGGCCGGAUGCUCUCGGCUCCUUUUGCUGCACACGGCCAAGACUGCCAGCACCACCUGACCACCAUCAGCAUGCUCCUGGGCUGUGUGCCUUUGAACUGCUUGGACACAACAAGAGACCAGCAGCCCAUUACCGCCAGUGUGCGAGGCUUCAAAUUAUGGAUGAAUUGGUAACAAUUAAAGCCCCUACAGCUGAUAGCACCAGCAGUUUCUCCAAGUGUGAUGCUGCCACUGCCGGCGGGUCACUCGUCACCUUCAGGCUGGAUUACAUGCAGGCACCCAUGCAGGCUGGGCGCAUCCCCCUGCCCGUGGGACAUGCGUGGGUCUGUGUCAGACUGACGGGGGGAUGGGAGGAGGAGGCAGGGGAAUGA